AUGCAACAAGAGGAUUUGAAUAAAAAGCUUGAUAACGAGAUCGAAAGUCUUAUUACAAGUUUUCGCGAUAUUGUGAAAGAAUCAGGAUUUUAUGCGACUGUUCGAGUACCUAAUAGAGAUAAUGAUAGUAGGGAAGUUGAAAAAGAUGAAUAUCGAAAUGCUCUAGACGAAUAUGUUUGCGAACUACGAGCUGCAAAUAUGAUUCGAUCAUGUGAAACCCUUCUAACCUUGACACACGACUUAAAAACAACUUUAUUAUUAAACGACACGCAAACAUUAAUGCAACUACACGAAAGUAGGAAAAACGCGUUGAAUGCUAGAACCCAAAAAAUUAAACAUAAAAUUAUACAGCUUAAUGAUGCAGUUAAUGAGGCUAUCUGGGAGAUGGAAUGUGUAUUGGGCGGGAGCCAGGUACGUAAUGGCAAUGGUGCAGUAUAA